AUGCUUCAGGAUAACGGCCUACGAGAUGAAAUCAAGUCUUGCAUACCAUCAGAAUUUGCAAGAAAACCUAGAAGUUUACAUGAUUUAGACAGGUAGAAAGCUACAGAAUUUCGGCAAUUUUUAUUGUAUACUGGCAUUGUUGUUAUGAAAUCUGUAUUAGCACCUAAGCUUUAUAAUCAUUUUCUUGCUCUAAGUAUUGCAAUAAGAAUAUUAGCUGAUCCGCAAUUAUGUAUAAAAUUUAAUGCUUAUGCAAAUUCAUUAUUGUUAUGGUUUGUGUCAAACUAUGGAGAUAUUUAUGGUUAUGAAUAUCUGUCAUACAAUGUUCAUAAUCUCGUUCAUCUUGCUAAUGAUAUUUGUUUAUGUAUAAAGAAAAUGGAUUCGAAUUCAGAAACCAAAAAAUACGCGGUGGUUGAAUUUCUGUCAGAUUCGAUAUUUUCGGAAAUGCCAACAAAUUGGCUUAUAAAAAAUGGUGGUGAUUAUCAAUGUUGGUGGCCACCACGGGCCUUAAACAAUGCAAUGUUAAUUGCUUAUGCAAUUAAUCCAAACUUCAAACUGUGGAAAAAAUAUGACGUGAACGUCAUAAAAUACUGUUCUACAUUUGAAUCGGCGCGAAAGAGUGCAUCCGAUGCGAAUUACAUAACGAUGGAUGAGGAGAGAUUGGGUCGAGGAAAGAGACAACAUGUUUAUUUUCAACCGUACUCUAGUUCUGAGGAAAAUGAUGAAUUAGGAGAAUGCGAAAAAAUUAGACGAACUAAGAAAAAUCGAAUCCAAUCGGAUCCUCUUUCCAGACCACCAUCGUGUCCCGACGACUUAGAACUUUCUCAGGACAUACAAGAUGAAAACACAAAAAAUGGAGACAAUGUCACAUUAACACAAAAUAAAGAGUCAAGAGUACACUCUGCUUCAAAAGAAAUGAAUUUAUCGACAAUUGAUGAUUACCGCAGUUUUGUCCAUACACCAGAUAUACAUAUUUCAUUGCAAGAUGUACCUAUAAUAAUAGAAGAUUGUGCUUCUCAGUUAACUCGUGUUCAAACAGACGAAAAUUGGAAUAUGAGAGCACAACUCAAUACACACAACUGUCAAUGUAAUGACAACCACUCACACGAAAUAGCGCAGCUAUUUCAAGACAGCCAAUUGGCGUUGCGGAAAAGCAACAACAAUGUUUCGAGAAAUGCGAAAAGCUUCAAAGAGUUAAAACGUAUGUUAGCAGCAAACAAUAUAACAUUAAAAGAUGCUGUUGAACGAUUAAAGAAAAUUGAAGAUAUAAUUAGAAGCCGUACAUUGCAACAGCCAUUGGAAAAUGACGACAGUUUUAUUGCCCCAUUUUUUCCUCUUAGCACAAUUCAAAAUAUUAAAGAUUUCGAAAAUACAUUAACAACUACAGAAGAAGCAAUGACGCAAUUCAAAAGAUUUCUUAUAAAAAUUGGUGGACAUAAUCCGAAGGAUAAUAUACAUCGGAUUUUAAAGAAUAUUUACACAAACAAAUGUGCCAUGGAUUGUUCAUGGAAAGGAAAAAGAGAUAACUUUAAAAUUUGCGACUUAAAGAUGAUAAAAAUAAUGAAAAGAGAAGUUAUCUCACGUCAUAUGACAUUGACAGAAGCGGAAUUUGAGGCUAUUGUUGCGGAAUGGCUACGUUUUGCCAAACAACGAAGAGGAAGAGAUGAUAAGAAGAAUGGUCCCAGCGAUGUAAAUAUUGAUGAAUAG